AUGACUAGGUAUUCCACACUCUUAUCAACGGUAUCAUCAUCGUCCUCGUCAUCAUCAACAUCAUCUUCAGCAACAACAACAACAACCUACUUCAUCAUCCUCCGCACCAGCAACACCAACCACCUCGACAACCUAGGCGCCAGCAUCCUCAACGUCAACUCCACAACCAACCAAACCACCGCCAUCUUCAACUGCCAAAGCAGCAAGCUCGGCAACUGUCUCAUCACAGUACCAGUAUCAGCAACGAAUGGCCCGUCAACUGCAGAACUCACUCUCACGAGCGUCGACUCAGUCACUCCCUUAAACCAUCGUCUGAAGUCCACCACAUCCCUAGUGAUCCAAUAUGCGAUCCACACGUACGUAGUUCGAUGCGACAUCACAGCCUCCUUUAACGCUUCCUGCACUACUACAGACUAUGCCUGGGAGUCCUCUGACGCAUCCACGUUCCCGUAUACGUCGACUUAUUCGAGGACGGUCUCGGCUCUAGCGUAUAUGUCUAUUCCGAUUACAGCUGGGUUAGAAAAGUUGAGCAGAUCGGUUGGUGUGUCUACGGCGGUUGCAGAUCCUACUGCGUCGGUGACGGAAGAGACGGGGCUACAUCCUGAAGAGCAUUUCAGGAGUCCGUUAGCGUGGAUAGCUGCCCCCAUUGUGCUUCUCGUUGUGGCGGGUGCUUUGAUUGCUGGUGUUAUGUUUUGGCGGAAACGGAAGAGAUCUGCUGAUCGGCCAGCAUCAUCGGAGGGUGGGGACGAUACGACUUGGGGUGGUUUUGGAAAGGCGGAGCUACCGACUGUGGGGUGUGGUAUUGUGGAGGCUCCGGGACAUGAGCAGGAGUGGGUCGAGUUGGUCGCCGUUGGGAAUGAGAUAUCGGAGCUGCCGACGAAUUGGAAUGUGGCGGAGUUGUCGGCUACUUGGGAGGUGGCUGAAUUGCCUGGGUGA